UAGAGUUCCUGUGCUAUACAGUAGGCCCUUAUUAGUUAUCUAUUUUAUAUAUAGUAGUGUGUAUAUGUCAGUCCCAGUCUCUCACUUUAUCCCUCUCCCUCCUUGCCCCCUUGGUAACCAUAAGUUUGUUUUAUACAUCUAUGACUCUAUUUCUAUUUUGUAAAUAAGUUCAUUUGUACCUUUUUUUAGAUUCCACGUAUAAGCAAUAUCAUAUGAUAUUUGUCUUUCUCGUCUGACUUACUUCACUCAGUAUGACAGUCUCUAGGUCCAUCCAUGUUGCUGCAAAUGGCAUUAUUUCAUUCUUUUUUAUGGCUGACUAAUAUUCUACUGUAUAUAGAUAUUCUAAUAUAGAUAUACUAAUAUUCUACUGUAUAUAUAUAUAUUCUACUGUAUAUAUAUAUCUUCUUUAUCCACUCCUCUGUUGACGGACAUUUAGGUUGCUUCCAUGUCUUGGCUAUUGUAAAUAGUGCUGCAGUGAACUUUGGGGUACAUGUAUCUUUUUGAAUUAUGGUUUUCUCCAGAUAUAUGCCCAGGAGUGGGAUUGCUGGAUCAUAUGGUAGUUCUAUAUUUAGUCUUUUAAGGAACCUCCAUACUGUUCUCCAUAGUGGCUGUACCAAUUUACAUUCCCACCAACAGUGUAGGAGGUUUCCCUUUUCUCCACCGGCGAGGUUGUGUUCUAAUUUCAUUGAUUUACAUGCAGCUGUCCAACUUUCCCAGCUACACUUGCUGAAGAGACUGUCUUUUUCCCAUUGUGUAUUCUUGCGUCCUUUGUUGAAGAUUAAUUGACCGUAGGCGUGUGGGUUUAUUUCUGGGCUCUCUGUUCUGUUCCAUUGAUCUGUAUGUCUGUUUUUGUGCCAGUACCACACUGUUUUGAUUACUGUAGCUUUGUAGUAUUGUCUGAAGCCUAGGAGGGUUAUGCCUUUCACUUUGUUCUUUUUCCUCAGGAUUGCUUUGGCAAUUCUGGGUCUUUUAUCGUUCCAUAUAAAUUUUAGGAUUAUUCUAGUUCUGUAAUGUCAUGGGUAAUUUGAUAGGGAUGGCAUUAAAUCUGUAGAUUGCUUUGGGUAGUAUUGCCAUUUAGCUUUAUCUGAUUCUGUUUAAGUUUUUUAAAAUAUUGUUAAUUUUGUCACAUACUCAUUUUUUUCCCUAAACCUUUAUGCUGUUCUUUUUCUGCCCUUAUAAGUCAAUGGUUACCCCAUUGAUACUGAUUUUUCUUCUACAGGAAUGGAUGAUAUUUGUAAAUACAAUUAACCCUUGAGCAACAUGGGUUUGAAAUGCACGCGUCCACUUAUAUGCAGAUUAUUUUCAGUACUAAAUACUACAAUACUACAGGAUCAGUGUUGGUUGAGUCCUUGGGUACUGGGGGCUGACUAUGAGUUAUACUCAUAUUUGCUACUGCCGGAGGGUUGGUGCCCCAACCCCUGCAAUUGUUCAAGGGUCAGUUGUAUAUAAAUAUAUGUACCACACCAGCCAUGGAUUUCUAGUGUUAUCUGAAACAGUUAUUUUAAUUUCCUGCUUCUACCCUGUCACAUAAGUAGUCCUGAUUUGCUAAAGAUAAAUAUGUGUGUAUCUCCUUAUCCCUAUAAUGUGAUGCAUUUUUAUAUAGCAUAUACCACCACCUGAUAAUAUUUUGUUAAUUUAGUGGUCCUCCUUCAAACGAUUAUAAGACCCAGGCACUUUAGUAUUUUUCUGUUUUGUUCAGUGCUGUGUCUCCUGUGACUGCACAUAGUAGGACAGGGUGAAUAUUACCGAAAUAAAUAUGAGAUGAAGGAGCAGGAGGUCAGGGCCUUAAGGGAAGCAUCCCUGCUGAAGACAUAGGGCUUAGUCAAGAGAAGGAGCUCAAAGAUAAAACACUUGAAUAGAAUACUUCAUUUGUCUACUCUCCAUAGUGUGCCCAACAGGGUUCUAGGCCAGACCCUGGUAAUGUUAGGGCAUAAGGGCCUCACUGACAACUAAAUUGUAGGGUAUAUGUUCAGAAAUACACUCAUUGGGCAUUUAGGCUUUGAAGGUAAAUACAGCUGCAUACACACAGCUCCUCAGCAGCUUUCUAAUUGAGUAGCAUUGAGCACAUAGUUAAGUGACUCUUUCCAAGAUUCUUCAACUAUAAACUGGUUUUGAUAGGAUCUGAUUUGCAGAGUUUCUAUGAAUAAUUUUUUUGCAGAGGUAUAGGCAUCUCUUUGCCAAGUCAUUCUCAUAUCUUGGUUGCUUAAAUGGAGCAUGUUAGUAAAGAAUGUUACAGUUUGUAUUGGCUUUAAAAUACAUACUUCAUCCACGGCAGUGGAAGAAACUGUUGCAUUUUCGUUAUUUGAAAUUUGUGCAGUAGUCUACAGAUAUCACUGUGAGAGAUGACACACACUGCUAACUUCACUCCGAGUGUUCUUGUUCUGCUGCUGCUGUACCUCCUGUACAAUUCCUGCAGAAUUGAGUAGGAGAAGUCUUCUCUCGCCACCUGCAUGUGGAAUUCAGUCAGUUGAUGCUCUUUCUCAAAAACCAGGUUUUGGGGACCCUGCAGCCCUUGUGGGAGAGGGUCUAGUAGUCAGGGACUGAGGAGUAAUACAUGUUAGCCUGCCAAGCAGUACAGAAAUAAAUAUUGGAAGUGGAACCCCCGGAAGUCUGGCAUACAGGUCACACUUUCCUGGAUUUGAGAUGGGAACAUGGAGGAAGAAAGAACAGCUGCUGAGUUACAGAAAAAUAUGACACAGGAACCAGUGGUCUUUGAGGAUGUGGCUGUGGACUUUACCCAGGAGGAGUGGGCUUUGCUAGAUCUCGCUCAGAGAAACCUCUACAGAGAUGUGAUGCUGGAAAACUUCCAGAACCUGGCCUCAUUAGGGUAUCCACUACACACACCCUAUCUGAUCUCCCAGUGGAAACAAGAGGAGGACCUGGAGAUAGCAGAGAGAGGACCCACCCAGGGGGAGCAUCAGGAAGGUUUUGAGACUCAACUUAAAACUAAUGAAUUAGUCGCCACACAAGAUAUUUAUGGAGAAAAAAUAUCCAGUGAACAGAAUGUAGUAAGAUUCAAAAGGAGUGCUUCCUCGUUGUCCAUUUUACACAAAAGCUGGGAAUACCAUGGUUUUGAUUAUCAGAACAAAAACCAUGAGAGACAUUUGAGAAAUCACAUGGUGGAGAACAUCUAUGAACAUAACGAAGAAAAUCAGUGUAGACAAACCUUCAGCCAUAUCUCAAAUCUUAAUAUACUCAAGAGAACUACUGAAGUAAAAGCCUUUGAAUGCCAAGAGUGUAAAAAGGCCUUCACAGAUCAUUUAUCCCUUAAGAAUCACAUAAGGUCUCACACUGGAAGCAAACCCUAUCAGUGUAAGGAAUGUGGGAAAGCUUUCCAUUUUUUUGCUUGUUUUAAGAAGCAUAUGAAAACUCCCACUGAAGAGAAACCCUAUGAAUGUAAGGAAUGUACCAAAGCCUUCAGUUGUUCUUCAUUCUUUAGGGCACAUAUGAAGAUUCACACAGGAAAGACAAACUAUGAAUGCAAGGAAUGUGGGAAAACCUUUAGCUGUUCUUCAUCCCUUACAGAGCACAAAAGAAUUCACAGUGGAGAUAAGCCUUAUGAAUGUAAGGAGUGUGGGAAAGCCUUUAGUUGUUCCUCCUCACUCUCCAAACACAAAAGAAUUCACAGUGGAGAUAAGCCAUAUGAGUGUAAGGAGUGUGGGAAGGCCUUCAGUUCCUCUUCUCACCUUAUAAUACAUAUAAGAAUCCAUACUGGAGAGAAGCCUUAUGAAUGUAAAGAGUGUGGGAAAGCCUUCAGUGAGUCCUCAAAGCUCACCGUACAUGUCAGAACACAUACGGGAGAGAAACCCUAUAAAUGUAAGGAAUGCGGGAAAGCCUACAAUUGUCCAUCCUCCUUAAGUAUCCAUAUGAGAAAACACACUGGGGAGAAACCCUAUGAAUGUCUGGAAUGUGGAAAAGCCUUCUAUCUUCCCACUUCCCUGAAUACACAUGUGAAAAAUCAAAGUAGAGAGAAACCCUACGAAUGUAAGGAAUGUGGAAAAGCCUUCAGUUGUCCCUCGUCCUUUAGAGCACAUGUGAGAGAUCACACUGGAAAGGUGCAGUACGAAUGUAAGGAAUGUGGGAAGGCCUUUAGUCGUUCCUCAUCCCUCACCGAACACUUAAGAACUCACAGUGGAGAGAAGCCUUAUGAAUGUAAGGAAUGUGGGAAAGCCUUUAUUAGUUCCUCCCACCUUACGGUACAUACAAGAACUCACACUGGAGAGAAACCUUAUGAAUGUAAGAAAUGUGGAAAAGCCUUCAUUUACCCCUCAGCCCUUAGGAUCCACAUGAGAACGCACACUGGGGAGAAACCCUAUGAAUGUAAGGAGUGUGGGAAAGCCUUUCGCCAUUCUUCAUACCUUACUGUCCACACAAGGAUGCACACUGGAGAGAAACCCUUUGAAUGUCUGGAAUGUGGGAAAGCAUUCAGUUGUCCUUCAUCCUUUCGAAGACAUGUAAGAAGCCACACUGGUGAGAAGCCCUAUGAAUGUAAGGAGUGUGGGAAAGCCUUUGUUUGUCCCGCUUACUUUCGAAGACAUUUGAAAACUCAUACUAGAGGAAACAUAUGAAGUAAGGAAUAAGGAAAUGUCUGCAAGGCUUUUUCAGAUCUUAGCACGCAAGGUCUCACACUGUGGAGACACCCUGUGAAUGUAAGAAAUUGUCACUCAUCGUUUUGAAGACUCGAGAACUCACAACUAAGAGAAACCCUGUGUAUGUAAAUCAUGUGGUAACACCUUCAUGAAUGUCACUUACUGUGUUCUAAGAAAAUUCAUACUAGAAGCAAAGAUUGGUGCCUCAUCCUUAAAGUGGACUACUGCUGGCUUGUUGGCAGUUUUAAUUUUCUGAUGAAUGUUUAAGGUGAUAAAUUUCCCCUAAUACCUUUCAGCUGUAGCUGCAUAUGUUUUAUGAGGUGCUUUUGUUUUGGUUUGGAUGUAAAUGUUAUUUCCAUUACAGAGUUUUUUGGACCCAUCGGAGAGUUGAAGUGUAUUUUUUUGUAUGCAGGCAUGAGUGGUCUUUUAUUAUUAUUAUUAUUAGUUUCUAAUUUACUCUCAUUUUUCUCUAAGUAUGCAGUCAUUGUGGUUAUCAACACUUCGGUAUUUGUAAUUUCUUUUGUAAAUGGUAAUUUCAUUUUGAUCUAGUAUGAGAAACUGGAAAUUGCCUACCCAAUAUUCCCCCCCCCCUUUUUUUUGGCGGUACGUGGGCCUCUCACUGUUGUGGCCUCUCCCGUUGCAGAGCACAGGCUCUGGACGCGCAGACCCAGCAGCCAUGGCUCACGGGCCCAGCCGCUGCGCGACAUGUGGGAUCUUCCUGGACCGGGGCACGAACCUGUGUCCCCUGCAUCGGCAGGCGGACUCUCAACCACUGCACCACCAGGGAAGCCCUACUUGUCCUUUUUUAAUGUAUGUGUAUCUCUGUCUAUAUCUAGUUACAUACAUAUACGUAAAACAUGUUAUAAUACACGUAAAUUAUGUGUAUUUUAUAUAUGUGUGUGUGUAUGUGUGUGUGUAUUGCAGAUAACUUUUCCCAGUCUCUGACAUGUCUUCAUGCUUUUCAUUUUUGUAAACUAUAAAGGGAAUUUAUUGGUUUGAUUACUGAAAAAUCCUUGGGUAUAAGUAACUUCAGAGGUGGCUGGGUCCUGGAGCUAAAAAGAUGUUAUCUGGAUGAGUUCUGUUUCCAUGUCUUGUCUGUGCAUCUUUCUGCAUUAGCUAUUCUUCCUUGUGGGCUCUUUUUCUUCACAGUGGCCCUCAGAAGAUCCAGGCUGCUUUCUUUCUGGGUUGAAGUCUCAGGGAGAAGAGAGUGAUUGUCUUUCUGAACAAUUCCAAUAUGAUUAUUACAGUUAAAUCUGAUUGGCUCACUUGGCAACUGUUAUCGAAUCACUGUGGCCAGAGGAAUAUAAUUCUCUGGUUUGUUUAGGACUGGCUCCCAUACUCAUCCAGAAAAAGAGAGUGGAGUCAGUCCUAACUGAAUCAUAGGGUCCUGGCAAUUGUGAUGUAUAUGGCGAAGGGAAGGAGGCAGCGGGGGCAGGUAGGGUGUAGAAAUAGAGGCAAUAAUAACAUCAGCUAGCACAAUAUGCUCAUUCUGGUCUUAGCAAUGGUAGGGAACUAUGAAGUCUGGGAACUCUCAGCCAAGGCUAAGUAGUUCUAGAAAUCCUUUCAGAAAGGUUUGAUUCCGUCUGUUACCAUCUCUUUAGAUUGCUAAGAUGGUUUCUCAAUCUUUACUUGGCUUUGCAGUAUUUUUGGAUAUCCGGUAGCAAGAGCCUUCCAACUUUUUUAUUCAUCAGGAUUGUUUUCCUUCUCUAUUCCUGAUUUGAUUCUAUAUUAAUUUUAGAUCUUACCAAUUUUCACAAAUCUUCUGGGACUUUGCUUGGGAUUGCAUUGACUUUAGAGAAUAACCUGAAUAAAAUUGACAUCUUUACAAUACUGAGUCUUCUAAUUGAUGAACAUAGUAUAAUUAUCCAUUUGUCUAGGUCGUCUUUAAUUCCUCUUAACAGUGUUUUGUAGUUUUAAUUGUAGAGGUCUUGAAGUAACUUUGUUUAAUUUAUUUCUAGGUAUGUGAUAUGUUUUCCUUUGUAAAUAUUUUUAUUUAUUUUUCGAUUUUGGGGGCUAGCACAUAGGAUUGCAAUUUCUUUUUGUACAUUGAUCUUUUAUCCAUGAUAUUUAUAAAUUCAAUUAUUUAUUCAAAUAGUUUAUGAAUUAUUUUGGAUUUUCUGUGUAUACAAUCCUGUCAGUGCCAAUAAAAGAAAGUCUUACUUGAUUUCUAAACUUUA